GUUCGCAAUUCUGACACAGACCUACCGUGUGGGCGGGCUUAACAGCGGUUCGCUCUCAUUGGCUAGUGAGAUUUAGAUUGACGGCUCCUUGAACCGGAAGGAGAGACUUCAGCGGCGCGAAUUUUGGGUUCUGUGUGACAUUCUAACAACAGUAGAGUAAAACACUAUAUUAAAGCACAUCAACAAUAUUUAUAAAACCGAGAUGAGUAAUCAGGAGCGGCACGGAGCGUCAUCAACAUCCUCCAACCGCAGGGCAUUCGAGGCAGCCCGAGGUCUUUCCUGGACUGGUCUGCUGGACUGGGGAAACGACAUCUGUCAAUGACUGAUGAUUUGACUCAUUCAGAGGUUUCCAGCUUGUUUUGUGAUACCUACCCCAAAAUGAAGUCAGCAUCUGGAGGAUGGCUCCUCUACAAGGCAUCUGGUGGACAGGGAAGGCUGGUUUGAAUCUUGUUCCCCCGGAGUCUGAAGGAUACAGUGGCAGUACCAUCAGAUGUGCAACUGGAGGGGGGAAAACUAUGCUGUAUAUUGUACCGUUACAGGAUGAGUUCGAUCUUUCUCCUCUUCCCUCUGAUGCACAGGUAUUUUCGCUAAUGCCAAAAGCAGAGUGCAAGAAAUGUUUUAAAAUGAUGCCACUUCAAAUUCUUGCCUUGCAUGUGAGGGAAUGCGAUACUCUGGAAUAUGAGACACUCUCAGAUUCGGAACCAGAGAUAAAAUCUGUUUGUUGUUUUUUUAGGUUACCUUUUAAGUACCUUAUGUAGGCUGCACAACGAUACCCUCAUGUUACGACUCGAUACAUAUCACAAUACGAUAUUAUUGCGAUACUCCAAAACGUAUGGUAAAAGGUUAACAAUAAAUUAACUGUUGAUUAAAAUGCUUAAUUUGGUAUUACAUUGUGUGUGAAUGAAUAUCUUGGACUUGGUGCUAGAAACCCAAUAGACAGGACAAAAGUGACACCAGAAUAAAAGUAUUCAUGAUUCUGCAUCUGAAAAUGCAGAAUUAAAUUAAACGAAUAUGCUUGCACUCUUUCACUGACUAACUAUACACAAUACAUAUUGUCACUAUCCACAAUACAUAUUGUUGCAUUUUUGUAUUGCGAUACCCCUAUUGAAUUCAGUAUCCUUAAUCUGUUAUCAACCCCUGGAUACAGAUAAGAGAACACACACAUUUUGGAUACUUUGAGUGAAACUGAGUUUAAAACUACCCGGGUAGUAAAUCUUUCUUCUGUCACGUGGCUACUGUUUUUUCCUCUUUCUUUCUAUUUUUUUUUCAACCUCUUCAGUUUUUUUUCCGGAAGGAUCAGACUUUUAAGGAGAAAACAAAGAGACUGAGAAGAUAAGGGAAAGACUUUCUGAAUUGUGUUUGGAAAAACAUUUUAUUUUAUUUUUUUCAUAACGAACAGGCCUGAUUGUAUUUACUCUGUUACACUUACAGUAUAUUUUCAGCUGUUGUUAAAUUGACAAUAUUGAUACAAUACAAUCUAUUUUUCUUUCCUUUCACAAGUUGUAGUGAAGUUGCUGUCUCAAAUCCUCUUUACGAACUUAGAUGUUAAGUAUAGUCUCAUGCUACUGUGCCCAUUCAAUCUGAUCUGUUUAUUUAGAGCUCCAUACUAGAGUGUUAUCACGGGUUACAUCCCGAAAGUGGCGAGCCCAGCCAGGAGGAUUAAUAUUGGCAGCUUUAUUUUCGAUUAUUAUUGUUAUUUGACAAUCAAAUCUCAAAUUCAAAAGUUUUGAAAUUAAUUGAGAACAACAUAGUUGUUGUAUUUUGUUUCAUAUCCAUUGUAUCUCUAAAAAAAAAAAAAAAAAAAACUAAAAACUAAACAUGGAUAUUGAAAGUGCAUUUGGUGUAGAUGCGCAGAAGUCCCUUUGUGUAUUAAAUCUUUCUGGGACUAUUCCUGAUGAAGACUUAGUGGCAUCCUUCGCUACUUUUGGAAACGUAAUUAAGAUUGUGCGGGUGGGUAAACCAGAUAGAGCUGGUCAUACCGAAGCAAUUAUUGAGUUUGAUUCUGAUCGGCCUAUAAGUAUUCUUAAACCAGAUUUCCCUUGCUAUGUACCGAGUGUAGCCGAUGCUACAGUUACAUGGCUAGUUGACAGUGUAAAUGUCUUGACAAAGAAAACUUACCAGUCCUUGAAUCAAGCAGUUCUUGCUCAGACUGACGAAUCAGGUGCAGAUACAGACUCAAUUAGCUCUGACACAGACGGUGGUCAAACCCCCCUCGUUAAAAGAAAGACAAGAUCAGGCCAGAGACAUGGCUCAGUGCAAGGAACUCCCACUGCAGCAGUUGUUCGACCUAAAGUGCCAAAAGCUACACCUGUACAGAAGCCUGUUACUUGCAUCUCUUCUGAUGUGUUGAACCCAUCUGAAAUACAAAGAAUUGUAGUUGAACAUGUGAUUAAGAAUGAUACUUCAGCAGCUUCAUCCAUUCAAGGGUCAAAAUGGCUGAAAUCUUUCUCAGGUCGCAUUCCAAGACCACCAGGUGAGGCAGACUUCGAGACAUGGUGUUUACAUGUCCAGUUAAUGUUCCAAGAUCGUCUGCCAACUGACAUACAGCGCAGGAAAAUUCUGGAAAGUCUCCUUCCACCAGCAUCAGACGUUGUCAAACAGCUGGGUCUUUGUGCUUCUCCACAGGAAUAUGUCGAUCUUCUUGACUCUGCCUAUGGUCUUGUGGAGGAUGGGGAUGAGAUAUUCGCUAAAUUUCUCAACACUUAUCAGAACUCUGGUGAGAAAGCCUCAGAUUUCCUUCAAAGAUUGCAAAUUCUCCUGAGUUCUGCUGUGAAAAGAAAUGGGCUGAAGAAAGCAGAUUCCAACCGACAGUUACUCAAGCAGUUUACUCGAGGCUGUUGGGAUCAGUCACUGCUUCUGCUGUUGCAGCUAGAGUCAAAAUCAGACAAACCUGAAUUUUCUCAGCUUCUGCUCCAGAUUAGAACUGAAGAAGACAGACGAGCUGCGAAGCUUGAAAGAUUACAGCGUCACUUGGGUAGUUCCAGGGCAAAACCCUUUUUGAAUGUCCAUAUGGUAAAUGAAGCAUCAUUACCCUAUGAUUCAAAUGCAGCUAUUCUCACUGCUUACCGGGCUGAAACUGAGGAUCUGAGAAGACAGGUUGUUGAGUUGAAAAUGCAGCUGAAUGCUAAAGGGUUGAAGGAGCAGAAAGCAGAAGCGAAGAAGACUAAGAAGGGAAAUGAGCACACAGUGAAAGUGGAAGUUCAGGCAUAUCAAACAAUACCGAAGCCCCAGCCAAAAGCUUGGUUUUGUUUCAAGUGUGGUGGUGAUGGCCAUAUAGCCAGACAGUGUGUGAAUCCCCUAACAAAGAUGUUGUGGAUCAGAAAUACAAGGAGUUAAAGGCUAAGCAAAAUGAGUGGAAACUGAAGUAUGGACCACAUUUAAACUAGAAAGGGUCUCGAUAGAGGGACAUAUUGAGACUCAAGAUGAUCCGUUGGUCCAUAGUCCCAAUUUGAAUCAAAGGUCUUGCAAAGUCAUAUGUGAAACUCAUACACCGAUACAGUCUUUCUCAAAAGUUCCCCCAAAUGGGUUGGUGGGGCCCCGGUGUACUGCUUUACUUGUUAUUGACGGGACCCCUUGUGAAUGCCUUCUUGAUUCUGGUUCGCAAGUGACUACGGUAUCAGAAUCUUUCUACAAUUCAUACUUGGAGUCACAUUCAAUUUUAUCACUUGGCGACUUAUUCGAAAUUGAAGGUGCUGGAGGGCAAGUAGUGCCCUAUUUGGGAUAUCUUCAGUUCCCUAUUGAGUUCCCAGAAGAAAUUGCUGGGAAAACAGCAGAAGUCCAUACGUUAGCUCUGGUGGUUCCAGACUGUAAAACCAACAGUGAAAUUCCAGUUUUAGUUGGUACAAAUACUCUGGAUGCAUUGUACAAAGUUUGCACUGAAGGUCUUGAGGGUCAGCGUGGAAAUCCCCCGAGCCAUGUAUAUGCAGCUCUUGUAAAGGAACUGAGUAACCGACAUAAAAUAGAGCUGAGGAACGGGAGGAUUGCUAAUGUGAAGCUCCAAGGAAAAGUGGCCCACACAGUUUCUGCUGGCCAGAAGAUGGUAUUGACUGGGUAUGCCAGAAAUGUUUCCCUACCUACGGGUACACCUAUUCUUGUUGAGCCCUUUUCCCAUUCCAAUUUACCAAGUGGGCUUCUGUUCUGUAACUAUGUUCUCACUUGCCCAGCCAGGACUUCAUUCAAGGUGCCGGUUCUCGUGCAAAACUGCACAGAUCAUGACAUUACAGUGCCAUCAAAGAAGGUCAUAGCUGAGCUUUCAGUGCCUCUUUCUCUUUCCAAUCCUACACAAACUGUAACAAAAGAUUCUCAGCUUGCAGUGCCUUGUGCAGGAGUUUGCUCCAACCCUAAUGGUCCCAUCACUUUUGACUUUGGUGAAUCUCCCUUGCCAGAAGAAUGGAAAGAUAGGAUCACACGAAAAUUAAAUACCAUUCCAUUAGUCUUUGCUCGCAGUGAUCUAGACUAUGGUCAUACUACUGAGGUCAAACAUCGGAUCCGCCUUUCUGACCCUACCCCAUUUAAACAGCGAGCAAGACCCAUUCAUCCCUCAGACCUUGAAGCGGUUAGACUCCAUCUUAAAGAGCUGCGAGAUGCUAACAUAAUCCGCGAGUCAGAGAGCCCCUUUGCUUCACCCAUUGUGGUAGUGAAGAAAAAAAAUGGUGCCAUAAGGCUCUGUAUUGAUUAUAGAAAAUUAAAUAGCCAGACAAUUAAGGAUGCGUAUGCCCUACCGAACAUCGAGGAAGCCUUUGCAUCCUUAACUGGAUCCAAGUGGUUUUCAGUCAUGGAUCUAAAAUCUGGCUAUUAUCAAGUGGAGGUCAAGGAAAUAGACAAACACAAGACAGCAUUCGUGACCCCAAUAGGAUUCUGGGAAUUCAGUCGCAUGCCACAAGGUGUCACUAAUGCACCAAGCACGUUUCAACGUGUAAUGGAGAAGUGUGUAGGCAGUAUGAAUUUAAAAGAAGUAUUAGUGUUCCUUGACGACCUCAUUGUGUUCUCCAGUACUCUUGAGGAGCAUGAAGAUCGCCUCAUGCGUGUUCUCACCAGACUUAGAGAUUUUGGUCUGAAGUUGUCCCCCCAGAAAUGCCAUUUUUUCCAAAACUCUGUUAAAUAUCUUGGGCAUGUAGUGUCAGAGAAAGGCGUAGAAACAGAUCCUGGAAAGAUUGCAGCACUUACCUCCUGGCCUAGACCCAAUAACAUCAAGGAGCUGAAAUCCUUUCUUGGAUUCGCAGGAUACUAUAGGAGGUUUGUGAAAGAUUAUUCCAAAAUUGCAAGACCUCUCAAUAGUCUCACUGCUGGAUAUCUUUCACCUAAACGGUUGUCUAGUGUGAAAAGAGCUCAGUUUUCCCCUGCUGACUGGAAGCGGCCUUUCAAUGAAAAGUGGUCCUCAGAGUGUGAAGAGGCAUUUCAGACCUUAAUACAGAGGUUGACAACUGCACCUGUCUUAGGGUUUGCAAACCCGAGGAAGCCUUAUAUACUGCACACUGAUGCUAGUCUGCAUGGACUCGGAGCGGCUCUAUAUCAGGAACAGGAAGGCAAACUUCGAGUCAUCGCUUACGCGAGCCGGGGACUUUCCAACUGCGAGAGGCGUUAUCCUGUUCAUAAACUUGAAUUCCUUGCCCUCAAGUGGGCAGUGACUAGGCCUGGGACGGUUACCGCAUUACCGCAAUACCGCGGUCACGUGACGCCUACCGCGGGUCUAAACCUGUAACCGUCAUCACCGCACAAAAAAAAAAAAAAACAUUGGCCUGCACAUCUGAAUGCCUUCGGCAGAAGUCAAAUGAGCCAUUUUAAUCUAGAUUAAUUCCAAGAUUACAGUGAGAUUAAUCUAGAUUUAAAAAUGUA